AUGCGAUCCUCUACCAUGAUUCCCGCCCUCUCCAGCCUAUUCCUCCUAUUGAACAUCCCAAACGUGAUUGCAACCCCUCUAGCAACAUCCUUGCCACUGGAGGCUUUGCAAUAUUUGGAGGGAAAUGCGCUUGAAAAGCGAUGCGCAAACCCCUGUGGCUCUGACAAUUGGUUGUGCUGUGGUGCUAGCGAAACUUGCUAUACAAACAGUGCCGAUCAAGCAGCAUGCAGUACAGCGGGCAGCGAAUGGGAAUACUUCACUACAACCUAUGUAGUCACCGAAGUUGAGGCCUCCACCAUCACCUCAGUCUGGAGCUCACAAGUUACGACUACUGCGGCAACGACAACCACCGCAACAUGCAAGGCAGACCUGGGCGAGGCGACAUGCGGAACCACAUGCUGCGAUGCGGCCGAAGAGUGUGUGGACGGUGUAUGUGUCGCUGAAAGUUCGUCUGCAGCAGUUACAGGUGACGCUACGCCUGCAGCACGAGGUACGAGCAGUGGCUGGUCUACUGCGACAGCGACAGCAGCUGCUACCACGACGGAGGCGUUCAUUGCACCUGUCAGCACAGAUGGAUCUGAUCUAAUCGGAGUCAAAGCAACCAGCAGUGGUGGACUGAGCGGUGGAGCAAUUGCAGGCAUUGUAAUUGGAACGAUUGCCGGUGUGGCUUUGCUGCUUUUGCUUUGUGCCUGCUGCUGCUUUAAGGAAGCUCUCGACGGCCUAUUCGCUGCGCUGGGUAUGGGCAAACGUCGCAAGAAGCAGGAAACCAUCAUCGACGAACGCUACUCGCAUCAUUCGCAUGGUAGUCGCCCACGUCCUCAGGGGGGCCGAACGUGGUUCGGAACUAAGCCUGGUGCUACGAGUGAAGUCAGUGAGAAGAAGUCUUCCUGGAGUAGCUGGGGCACAGUUGCCGUUAUCCUUGGAGCUCUUGCUCUUUGCUUGGGACUGAAGCGGCACAAGGAUCGUGAUCAUGACGAUGACAGGACCGAGAACAGUUACCCGAGCUCGUACUAUUACUACUCGGAGUACACCCGAACGACAGCUCGGGAGGACGAACUCGAGACACACGGAGGUCUCGACGAUCACGCACACGAUCACGACGCUGAUGGAGUUGAGCAGUCCUUCGUCUCUGAUUAUUUGAUUUUAUUGACCUGA